AUGGUAUCGCUAAACUCUGAAGAUCAUUUAUCUUGCUUCUUAUGUCUAGAAAUCUGUGAAGAUGCAGUUGAAUUUAACUGUUGCCACAAUAUCGCCUGUGAAAAAUGCGCAAAAACCCAGACCACCUGCCCAUUUUGUAGAACCCAAGGGAUUUCUUACUCAGUAUCCUUUCCCUUGCGCAGAAUUAUCAGCAAUCUUCCCUCAUCUUGUGAAGACUGCAACCAACCUAUGAGCCGAAGCGAAAAAAAGUCCCACCAAUCUCGAUGCCCACAAAAGAAAUUUUCCUGCAGGCUUUGUAAAUUCCAAGGCAAAAAAGACGAUUUUCUUUCUCAUAUAAUUUAUACGCACUCCAAUGAAUUGCUUUACCCUGUAGCUCAGCAAAAUAUGAAUGCAUCUAUAGUUUAUGAAGGAAAUGCUAAUAUAGCCUGAGCAUCUUUAUGGUUUGGGCUUCCCGAUCUUUCCUGACGAGAAAGAGGGAGUUGGUUUAUCCAACUAAUGUUGGUCUGACAAAAUCCCCAAGUGAUAACACCAAUUGCUACAUGGUUUCUGCCAUUUUGGAGUUGGCCAAGCCAAUAUUAAUUGGUGAAACCGACCUCCCUCUUUCCCGUAGAGAAAGAUAGAGAAGUCUCAGCCAUAAAAAAAUGCUCGGUUAUAGAAACCCAAUAGAAAUAACGAAAAACAGUGAAGGAAAUACAUCAAGACUAGGUCAAAACGGAAAAUAUUACUGUGGAAGGCCUAUGAAAGUCAGGUGCAAAUGUUGUGAUGGCAACUGUGGGCCUGGGAAUGGAUGCAACUGUGCCGCUUGCAUGGAGCUUGAUGUUAAAGCAAUGCAGCUGCCUAGAGGAUAUUUGCUAAAUAGAUGUGGAAGAAUUUCUAAGAUGUGCACAGAUGGGAAGGUCCAUUGUUAUGCACCUAUUCAGAAUGUAGAAAUUCGAUGCACCCCAGAAAGUUCGAAUCAAUGCAGAGAGUGUGCGAUUUUAGAGCAGCAGUGGAAUGGGGUUUAUCAGAGAUUGACAUCAGGAUAA